AUGUCUCGACCCAUCACGGCACUGUCUCCUACCAAACUCAAAGAGCUCAAGUAUGGCGAAACAAUCACCAUCCUGUACAAGGAAACCGCCACGGCCGAAGCUCGACUCUUGAGAGACGCAUUCCCAAAGAAGCUCGCAGUCAGCUUCUCGAAGAAGUGGAGGGAUGAAAUCCCGCCGGUCAACAAAGUCAAGACCCAAGACCUCAAGCAGUUCCCGACCAAAAAGACGGUCAUCAUCGUUGGAGGGAACAUGGUGAUCCACAAGCACAUGCUCAACUGGAUGGUGUCCUGCUGCGACGGCAAGGGUCUCAAGGCCUUCUCCAACCCGCGCUUCAAAGCGUUUGCGUUCCUGUACUACGCUCAGUCCUGCGCCGCGAUUAUCGGCUGCGAGUACCUCGAGAGCAACAUCAGCAAGCGCAUGGAGACACUUGCGGCGAACCAGAUCCACUCCGAGGACGUCCGUAUGCUUUGGCUCGCGAGUCCACCGGACGCUGAGAUGCAGAGAUUCCUGGCUGAGCACGUCGCUCUUCGCUUCUGGGCCGGCACGCUGAAAGCCAAAGGCUCGUACCGCACGCUGCGCGAGGAAGUGCCAAGUUUCAACAAGGCAAUCGACGACAUCUUGAACGCGAAGAAGGCGAGAGGCGAGAUCAGUCCUGUGGUCCAGGCACGAAAGAACAGCCACAAGAAGCGUGUCAAGCCUGUCAAGGGGCCAAAGGGGGGUGGCAAGGCGUAA